CUUGCGUGCUAGCGGAUGGCAGGAGGAGUUGCUUGCUUGGCGCUUUCGGCGGGCUCCCACUCUUCUCUUGUGCGGGAACCGAAGCGCCAUGAAAGUCGAGUUUGCGCCGCUGAGCAUUCCGUGGUCGAGGAGAGCGCAGACAGCCGCCGUGUCGCUGUGGGUGUUCUUCUACCUGGCGCUAGCACAAUGUUGUUGUGGAAUCUUCAUAAUCUUACUUCUGGGAGAUUACUGGUUCAUCUCAGUUUUCUAUGUCUUCUGGCUCUACCUUGACUGGGAGACCCCCCAGACUGGAGGGAGAAGAUCUGAGUGGGUCAGAAACUGCAGUGUGUGGAAGUACUUUAAGGAAUACUUUCCAAUUAAACUGAUAAAAACCUCAGAUUUGAAUCCAACCAGAAACUACCUCUUUGGAUUUCAUCCACAUGGCAUUCUUGUUGCUGGAGCCUUUGGAAACUUUUGUACUGAAUAUACAGGUUUUAAGGAAUUAUUCCCUGGUAUGACUUCAUACCUUCAUAUCUUGUCUACCUGGUUUAUAUUUCCUUUUGUCAGAGAAUGUAUUAUGUAUACUGGGGUGGUUUCUGCUUCUAAGAAGAGUGUGUCUCAUGUACUGAGCAAUAAAAAAGGAGGAAAUAUUGCUGUGAUUGUAAUUGGAGGGGCAAGAGAGACUUUGGAUGCCCGUCCUGGAAGCUUAACUCUUAAUAUCCUCAAUAAAAAGGGUUUCAUUAAGAUUGCUUUGGAACAUGGGGCUCAACUUGUCCCGGUGUUUUCCUUUGGAGAAAAUGAACUAUUCAAACAGAUUGAAAAUCCUAAAGGAUCACGACUCAGAGCAUUGCAGGAGAGUCUGCAAAGGCUGGUGGGAUUUACUUUCCCUCUCUUUCAUGGCAGAGGAAUUUUUCAGUAUAGCUUUGGCUUGAUUCCUUACAGGAAACCUAUUAACACUGUUGUUGGGGAACCUAUUGCUGUGAAACAGAAUCCAAAUCCCACCCUUGAAGAGAUUGAUCAGCUGCAUGAAAAAUACUUACUAGAGCUACAGAAGCUCUUUGACAAAAAUAAAGAAAAGUAUGGGAUACCAGAGCACAAGUCUCUUACCUUUGACUAAAUACAAGUACAGGGAGACUAUGGUACAAGAGAAAUGCAUAUGAUUAAAAUAACCUUUUUCUUCCCUUGCUGUCCUCUCAAAACUUCAGUCAUUAUAGAGUUAACUGAACAAAGCAAGAGUCAAGUUGCACCUUUAAGACCAACCAAUUUUUAUUCGGAAUGUAAGCUUUCAUGUGCUCUCUAAGUACACUUCAUCAGAUGAGGGGAUCAGGUAUUGUGACCUGAAAUACAAGCAGUUUGUUGAUUAAGAGGGCAAACUAACUGAUCACAUGGUAACAUAAAACAGUGUGGCUUGGCCAUUUGGUCUGAAUAGCCAUAAAAGGUAAUAAAAUUCCCUGCCGAAUGGUGUUUCUGCAAAUCUAGGUGAAUCACAAAAGGACAUGUAUAUCACAGUUGUAGUUCACCCAACCGUUAUUGUUAGUAAGCAGGAUGUUACAUAGUCUAACCUGUAAACAAUUAAAAUAGAAAUAAAUCUAGUCUGGGAAAGUUUGUAGAAGAUGUUAGUAAAAUGAAAUGGUCUGUAACCUUUCUGAUGGUCAAUCAACAUGUUACUUGAAGAAAUACUUCCAUGUUCUAUGCAGUUGUUUACAUGUUUUACAACUUUUUGUCUGAGAGCAAGAAGAAGCCUUUAAGCUUUUACCUUUCUAGCAAUAAACAUGUAGUCUGUUUACCUAA